AUGGCGGUACCGUCGGCUAUUGUGGUGAAUCAUUACUCAUACCUUUCAGGUUUCUCUUGUAUCUCUCUCCUAUCCCAUGGAGACUAUGCUAGUACUAAUUACACCAAGAAGAACAAGAAACCCAUCUGUGUAGGUGCUUCAUCCUUUCUGGGCAGAGGACUUCGAAUGCCCCCACAUAUGAUUGGAACCGAGAGACCGAAAUUAAGCGGUGGAAGAGGACGGCGACCCAUGACACCAGUGGCAUCAUUGGGUGGUCUAUUGGGAGGGAUUUUCAAGGGGACUGACACCCGCACUGGGGAGCCCACCAGGCAGCAGUACGCCGGCACUGUGUCGUUGGUCAACGGCUUGGAGGCAGAAAUUGCGGCUUUGUCUGAUUCCGAAUUGAAGGACAGGACUUGGGUCUUGAAGGAACGAGCUCUCCAGGGCGACUCUUUGGAUUCUCUUUUACCUGAAGCAUUUGCGGUUGUGAGAGAGGCUUCAAAAAGGGUUCUGGGCCUGCGUCCUUUUGACGUGCAAUUGAUAGGCGGUAUGGUUCUUCAUAAGGGAGAAAUAUCUGAAAUGAGGACUGGAGAAGGAAAGACGCUUGUUGCCAUAUUACCAGCUUAUUUGAAUGCAUUAACAGGGAAAGGAGUUCAUGUCGUCACUGUAAAUGAUUAUCUAGCGCGGCGAGACUGUGAGUGGGUAGGUCAAGUUCCCCGGUUUCUUGGACUGAAGAGUGUUGAUGAGCUUGUCAUGAGGGGUUUCAACUACUGUGUGAUUGAUGAGGUUGAUUCGAUUCUUAUCGAUGAAGCAAGGACUCCUCUCAUCAUAUCAGGACCAGCUGAAAGACCAAGUGAUCGGUACUAUAAAGCUGCUAAGAUAGCUGCUGCCUUUGAGCGGGAUAUACAUUACACUGUUGAUGAGAAACAGAAAACUGUAUUACUUGCAGAACAAGGUUAUGCAGAUGCUGAGGAAAUUCUGAAUGUAAAAGAUUUAUAUGAUCCCCGAGAACAGUGGGCAUCGUAUGUUCUGAACGCGAUUAAAGCGAAAGAACUUUUUCUUAGAGAUGUGAAUUAUAUUAUCCGUGGCAAGGAAGUCCUUAUAGUAGAUGAGUUUACUGGCCGUGUUAUGCAGGGGAGGCGUUGGAGUGAUGGACUUCACCAGGCAGUUGAAGCCAAAGAAGGUCUGCCCAUUCAAAAUGAAACUGUUACGCUAGCUUCAAUUAGCUACCAGAAUUUCUUUCUUCAGUUCCCAAAACUUUGUGGCAUGACUGGUACUGCAGCAACUGAGAGCUCUGAGUUUGAGAGUAUUUACAAGCUCAAAGUUACAAUUGUGCCCACAAACAAGCCUAUGAUAAGAAAGGAUGAGUCAGAUGUGGUGUUUAGGGCAACUACGGGAAAAUGGCGGGCAGUUGUGGUUGAGAUUUCUAGAAUGCACAAAACGGGCCGCCCAGUGCUUGUUGGUACAACUAGCGUCGAGCAGAGUGAUUCCUUGUCAGAACAGCUGUGUGAAGCUGGAAUUCCCCAUGAGGUUCUCAAUGCAAAACCAGAGAAUGUGGAAAGAGAAGCUGAAAUUGUGGCACAGAGUGGUCGCCUUGGGGCUGUUACGAUUGCCACCAACAUGGCAGGUCGUGGCACAGACAUAAUCCUCGGUGGUAAUGCAGAAUUUAUGGCAAGACUGAAACUACGUGAGAUGUUGAUGCCAAGAGUUGUUAAGCGAGCUGAAGGUGUUUUUGUUUCUGUGAAGAAACCACCUCCAAAGAAGACAUGGAAGGUGAAUGAAAGUUUAUUUCCAUGCACUCUAUCCAAAGAGAACACCAAGUUGGCUGAGGAAGCUGUACAAUUAGCAGUCAAAUCAUGGGGUCAGAGAUUACUAAGCGAGCUUGAAGUAGAGGAGCGGCUAUCUUAUUCUUGUGAAAAGGGUCCAGCUCAAGAUGUAGUCAUAGCAAAGCUGCGCACUGCCUUUCUAGCAAUUGUCAAGGAAUAUAAGGUCUACUCUGAGGAAGAAAGGGAGAAGGUGGUGUCAGCUGGUGGACUUCAUGUGGUUGGCACAGAACGCCAUGAGUCACGCCGAAUUGACAAUCAGCUGCGUGGUCGAAGUGGCAGGCAGGGGGAUCCUGGAAGUUCCCGCUUCUUCCUUAGUCUCGAGGAUAACAUAUUUCGGAUUUUUGGAGGGGAUAGAAUUCAGGGUUUGAUGAGAGCUUUUAGAGUGGAGGACCUCCCGAUAGAAUCAAAGAUGCUGACGAGAGCAUUGGAUGAAGCUCAGAGGAAAGUAGAGAAUUACUUUUUUGAUAUUCGGAAGCAGUUAUUCGAAUAUGACGAGGUAUUAAACAGCCAAAGAGAUCGUGUGUACACGGAGAGAAGGCGAGCCCUCGAAUCUGACAAUCUCCAAUCUCUUCUUAUUGAAUAUGCUGAAUUAACGAUGGAUGACAUCUUAGAGGCAAAUAUUGGUUCUGAUGCUCCGAAAGAGAACUGGGAUCUUGAAAAGCUCAUUGCAAAACUCCAGCAGUACUGCUAUCUGUUGAAUGAUUUGACCCCAGAUUUGUUGGCGAGAAAAUGUUCCAAUUAUGGGGAAUUGCGAUUUUACCUUCAGCUUUGUGGACGUGAAGCAUAUUUGCAGAAGAGGGGUAUUGUGGAGAAGCAAGCACCAGGAUUGAUGAAGGAAGCAGAGAAAUUCCUAAUUUUGAGUAACAUUGACCGUUUGUGGAAAGAGCACUUGCAAGCACUCAAGUUCGUUCAGCAAGCUGUAGGUUUGCGUGGAUAUGCGCAACGGGAUCCCCUUAUCGAGUACAAGCUUGAAGGCUACAAUCUUUUUAUAGAGAUGAUGGCACAGAUAAGAAGAAAUGUUAUAUAUUCCAUUUAUCAGUUUCAACCAGUGCUGGUGAAAGAUCCGGAACAACAGUUGCCAGAAAAAUCAAGAAACCCUAUCACAAAUGGGAGUAGUGAUAAUACCAACACCGAUUCAGUGGUUGCUGCCGAGUCCUCUUCAUCAGCUAUNUUCAACCAGUGCUGGUGA